AAGCUUGAAACCAUGAACAUAAUUAUGGGACCUAGAAGCUCUCUGCUGUUAGGAUUGUUAGUCCUGCUGAUAAUUGGCUCUCUUGAUACUAAUGAGUCAAAGAAAGAAGAGAUUCCAAUUCUUAAGUUUGAUAGUAAUCAGUUUCCAGAUGGUUUUUUCUGGGGAGUAGCUACAUCUGCAUACCAAACCGAAGGCGCAGCAAACAAAAGCGGAAGAGGACCCAGUAUAUGGGAUACAUUUACCCAUGAGUAUCCAGAAAGGAUAGAUGAUGGCAGCAACGGAGAUGUUGCGGUUGAUUUUUAUAAUCUCUACAAAGAGGAUAUCAGAAGAAUGAGUAAGCAAAUUGGUAUGAAUGCUUUCAGAUUCUCCAUCUCAUGGUCAAGAGUAAUACCCAGUGGAAGGGUAAGGGAAGGAGUAAACGAAGAAGGGAUUGAAUUUUACAACAAUGUCAUUGAUGAAGCUAUCAACAAUGGCUUGGAGCCUUUCGUGACUAUUUUUCAUUGGGAUGUUCCUCAAGCACUUGAAGACAAGUAUGGUGGCUUUUUAAGCCCUAACAUUGUGGAUGAUUUUAGAGAUUAUGCGGAACUAUGCUAUCAAAGAUUUGGGGACCGAGUGAAACACUGGAUCACUUUAAAUGAACCAUUUGUUUUUUCCACUCAUAGCUAUGAAUCUGGUAGUUUGGCUCCAGGCCGAUGUUCACCUUGGGUGAAUAGGGCAUGCCAAGCAGGAAACUCAGCAACUGAACCUUACAUAGUUAGCCAUCAUUUGCUCCUUGCUCAUGCAGCAGCUGUUGAUAUAUAUAAAAAGCAGCAUCUAAAUGGCAAAAUUGGAAUAACACUGGAUGUAACCUGGACUGAACCUUACUCCGACAGUCCUGCUGACCGUGCAGCAGCUCAAAGGAAUCUUGAUUUCAUAUAUGGUUGGUUUAUGGACCCUUUAACCUAUGGUCAAUAUCCAAGGACAAUGCAGACUCUAGUUCCAGAUCGAUUGCCCAAAUUCACUAGGAAACAAGUUCGAAUGCUAAAGGGAUCAUAUGAUUUUAUUGGCAUAAACUCCUAUACUUCAAGUUAUGCUUCUGCCAAUGCUACUAUUGACCCUGAUCCAACUCAUAUCAGAUAUGCAACUGACAGUCAUGUUAAUUUGACAAAGUAUAAGAAUGACAAACCCAUUGGCUUACAGGCUUCUCCAAGUUGGUUGUAUAUUUACCCAGAUGGAAUCCGAUAUAUUUUGAACUAUACCAAAUCUACAUAUAAGGAUCCAAUAAUUUAUAUUACUGAAAAUGGAAUUGGAGAUGGAAUAAAUCUCUCUUUAGAAGAAGCUCGAAAGGAUUUACAGAGGAUACAAUAUCAUGAGGAACAUAUUUGGAAAGUCCUUAGAUCCAUUUGUGAGUUCAAUGUUAACGUGCAAGGUUAUUUUGUAUGGUCUUUUAUAGACAACAUGGAGUGGUCAAGUGGAUAUACUAUAAAGAUGGGUUUGUAUCAAGUGGACCGCAAGAAUAAACUGACAAGACGCCCAAAACUUUCAGUCAGUUGGUUCAAGGAAUUUUUAAAAAAUAAAGCUUCUAUUGGUGGACCCAAAUGCACUCUACUAUACAAAACCCAGACCCAGGAGGCUUCUUCAGAGGAUACAGAAGAGCUGUAGAUAGGUCUCUUCCUGAGUACUAUGUGAAGUUAGGAGGGGAGAUGGAUUAGUCUACAGAUACCAUCUGACCUUUAGUGCGAACCAAAAAUAAAUAAAUAAAUAAAAUCGAACUAUCUAUCUA